AUGUGCCUAGUUGGCUGCUUCUUUGUGGUUAUUGAACAUGAGAAAGUGCUGGUUGAUCGCCUGGACGUACAAGAAAUAAGUGCCGUUGUGCGGCUUCAUGGAGGUGAAAUCGAGUUUGGCGUGCGAGCCUAUAAUAAUGUGAACAGUGAUCGGGUCACUCACGUCAUAUGCGAAUCAAUGCGGCACCAGUUAGCUCAGCAGGCACUCAAGGAGCGGAAACGAUGUGUUACAUUGCAGUGGCUUAAUGACGUGCUGACAAAAAAACACCUGGAAGCGCCGUGGCGUGUUUUUCAUUUACCAACUUACUGGACCGACAGUCAUCGUCCAGCUGUUGGAAAAAUAAUAGCGAUAAAUGGUUUCAACGAAAGUGAACGCUCGGGUGUUCGGAUGAUGAUCACAGCCAUCGGAGCGCGCUUCACACCCUAUCUUACGAAGCAUAACCAUUAUUUGAUUACAAAAACGUAUGUAUUUUCCCAUCUCAAAAUUUUCUGCGAAGUUACGGUUUGCAAGAACCAGGCGUCUUUUGAACAUUACUGCUAA